AUGGAAGCAGCCUGGCAAAUGGCGGAGGCCAACCCCGUCGUGAAAAACACGUUUCUGCACUUCACCACGUCGGAUGGAGCCAGGAGAAGGGCUUCCUCCUAUCCACGUGACGAGUGUGCAAUCCCUGCGAUGCCUGGCUCUAAGAGGUCCGGCUCAGGGACAGCAUCUGAGAUGUGCGGGCAGACUUCGCUGGUGCUGCGCAACAUUCCCAAGGAUUUUACUCGAAGCAUGCUGUGCAACCUUCUGGAGCAACAUCGUUGCCUUGAGGAGGUGGAUUUCUUGUACCUCCCCAUUCGGCACAAGGAUGGCCGUUGCUUGGGGUACGCGUUCAUCAACUUCACCACGUCGGCAGCUGCCCAGGCCUUCCGCGGCUACUUCCACGACAUGCAUCUGCCCUGCUCGCUGAGGUCUUGCCCUGGCAGAACUCCACUCCGAGCUGGCGCUGGGCCAGCUGUGGCUCUGGUUGUGCAUGUAAACACACAGAUGCUAGAUCAGUGUUAG